AUGGAAGCAGAUUUCAUCUAUACACAUACAAUGGCGGUUGCUGCACAACAGAAUAACAAUAGAGAGAAAAGGCCUUCAAAUAGAAGAAGGAAAAAGAGAAGAACUGAAGACUUUUCGUCCUCUUCUGAAUCAUCAUCUUCUUCAUCUUCUUCUUCAAGUGAAUCAGAUAACGACAAUGCCGUAGAGGAGGAGGACGUAAUACCCAAUACAGAAGAAAUCACUAUGGACGAUAUAGAGAUUGAAACAAAUGGCCAGACGACGAAGCUGGCUAAAAAGGCACCCGAUAAUCUAUCGAUUGAACAGAAACAACAACUAAACACAAUUCCUUUCUCUACUACAUCAAUAUCAGAAGUAACUAAUCCAAAUACAGCUAAUGCAUUGAAAAGUAUACCCAACCUUACAGAAGUAUCAAAUUCAAUAGAGCAGUCUAAACAAGAGAUCAACACCCGCUUCUUGAAGCUCAUGACGACUGAGUUUGGUAAUGACAUUGACGAGUUGAGGAAAAAGCCUGAUUUUAAGGAAGCAUCAUUGUCGGUGCUAGCAAAGACACUUCAAUCUGGUGCCAAUAUGUUUGAUGUUGAUGUUCUAGAAGGAUUGCUCGAUGAAGGAGAGAAGGCAACAUAA